GUUUUAGCCGAGCUGAUUGAUGAUCACUCUUGCUUUCCGUACGGAUGCGACCGUGACUGUUGGACAAGGUCAUUAAUGGUUCACGACAUAUUGGUGCGCAGUUACCCCCCAACUUUGACAACAUUACUGUCCCAGCUGCCCGACCAUAUACAGAGGCUGGUUCAGGGAGUGAUAUCAAAUCACUCAGCAGCAGACUUUGAGCAGCUAUGCGAUAGAGUUGCAGAUUGGUCCGCAUCUGAGCUAUCGACACUGCAGCCAAUUUUCUACGCGCACCUUGACCCAGCUUACAUUCCUGCAAAGUCAACUCCAGCUGUUACUACGAAUAUUGAGCUCGCCCGGUGGUCACUUGUCGGGAUCGUGAUAACCUUGGGCAAAAUCGAUCAUGAUUCCGCCUUUGAGGCGAGAUCAUUUGGGAAAUAUCUCAUCUCCGCCCCAGGCUGGAACUGUGUCGUUCCUUGGCUUGUCUUCUUUCACGACCAGUUCAUUAUGCGCAGAGCGAACUAUAGACCCGUCGACAGGACGCCUGCCAUGAAGCUUCUUGCUAACAUACUGUUUUAUGCCGUCCUCGCGAGCGGUGGGAACCCACUGUUCUCUACGACGCCCACCCUUUACCGCCCGAUCGUAGAGUUGUGGUUGUUGGCCCUCGACACAAAAGACAAGGAUGUGCUGUCGUUCGCCCAGGAUUCCAAACGUGGUCGCCUCACUGAUCUUCGGGCUAUAUUCUCCUUCAUGGCUAAAGAAUGCUUGCGCGAUGACGUCUUUGUGACCAUCGCACUCGAAGUGUCAGGCGACAUUGGCACCAUGACUUCCGCAGCUCUGAAGUAUGUCAAGAACAUACGAUCAAUGGCCAAGGACCCUGAUAUAGUCUCGACGGCCCUCGAGCCGCUCGUACCAAUGUUUUCGCACUGUGUUAGACUUAUCUUAAAAACGAGCAUGCACAGCGCUGCGAUGCGGGAAGAAUACAUCCUCCGACAGUCGGUCAAAGAGAUUUUCUCCACUGUCCAUAUUCUCCAGUCUCUUGUUUCUGGAAGAGGGGACACGGGGCAUAUGCUUAGACCAUUCCUUGCCACCGGUUUUCAGUACCUCGCCUUUAUCCUCGAACGUGCCGAUGACACUGUCUCGGUGCUCCAUCAAGCUCUCCGCUCGCAUGCCCUUGAAAUAGCGGUGCGUAUGAGUCCCUUCGGACCCCUGGAGGAGCAAGAGGAGGAGCGUCUUUGUGAUCUCAUUGCGGUGUUUUUGGGGAUAUUAUUUGAUCACCUUGUUCACGGCAAAAUCUUGACAUACGUUGGUAAACAUGUGGACGCCUGGUCUGAUACUCUCGGACCAAUCGCGAGACAAGAUAAAAAUCUCUGUGGGGAGUGGUCCGUAAUCGAGCGGACGACACGAUUAUAUGUCGAUCUCAGAUCCAAGGAGGAAAUGAUAAGGCAGUCAUCACCAAAUGGAAAGGGCUGGAUUCUUCGAUGUUACUGUGGUGGCACUGCGGAAGCCAUUCAGCAUAGGCAAUGUGCGGGAUGUCAGGUAGUGCGGUACUGCUCAAAGCGAUGCCAGCGUGAUUCCUGGUAUAGGCACCACAAAUGGAGCUGUAAAUUUCUGAAGGCAGCUGUUGGCUCAUUAACACCGCACUCCGUGAAACGUAGUCUCGUUCUGCUAGCUGCCCUAGAAGCCGCCCAGAUAUCGAGCAGAUGGUAUGAAAUUCAGAAGCUGGUCGGCGCGGCGCGGCGCCAGUAUCCGCAAGAUCGGGAACGACUCGUGGUCGAAGUUGCUAUAGAUAAGGAUGAAGUAUCAGUUCAGCCUAUUCGACACUACCUCUUUCUGUUCAAUGGGCUCUCUGAAAAUGACGUCGUGGAUAGGUUGUCGUCAUGGCGGGAUCAACGGGGCUAUCAAUCAUUCUUGUGUUCGGUGAUCGCGAUAAAGGAUCGAUAUUUUUCACGACAGGUCUUAUUCAGUCCACACACUGCAUUAAACAUGGAGAUGAGGCUCGACCGUAACCACUGAUGGUGUCAUGGACAGGCGGCCUUCGUGGAUAUCGUGGAUUUUGGUAAAGUUCAAUUUAUUGCUCUUGUACUUGAAUGAGAGGCACCGGUGACCCUAAUUACUUUGACCGUAAAAAUACACAGCUGUUGUAUAAUUGUCAUUGAACUGCCGAUAUGACAGGUAGUUGGACGUCAAGACUGCUAUAGUCUGUCUGCUAAACGGAUGGGUACCGUUCUUGUUGAAUGUCCCGCCAAAGAAUGAAGUUUUCUUCGUUAUAACUGUCCGAUAAACAUCCGUCAUCAAUACCGUCCGGUUGUCGAUUCUCUGCCAACGUCCACCGGUACUCUUGAUCAGCAGCACGUCUCUUGGAAAUUGGGAUGAGCUCAUCAGGCCAUGCCCGC